AUAUGUUUAGUUCGAAUUGUGAAAAUUAGAAAAAAAAAUGUAUGUCAAAUCGGUGAAGUGUCAAAAAUACUCACCACUGUUUACCGCGGAUAAAUCCGCGAAUUUUUUCGUAAUUAAUGAAUGUAAAUAGAUAAAAAAACACGAUGAAAUGUCACGUGCCAGGGCCAAAUGUAAAAGUUUUAGGGAGGACAGUCCACGCUUUAGCAAGAUUUGGGGACGAACUUUACCUGGAAUCGCUUGCGGACUGUGUUAUGCUAAGGACUCUAAACGCAGCUGAAUCCGCUUACGCCGUCGUGAAGUUUAACAAAAACUUCUUUUCUUAUUUUAACUACAAUUACUAUUCCACUGAGGACAAUGAAGGACUAAAGUGUAAAAUUUCAAUGAAAUCCGCCUUACAUACAUUUAAAUCUCCAACUCAUAUGGAUAAGCAAGUAGAGAAUUUAGAGAUUAAACUGGACCCGGAGUCUUGUAAGCUGAUUUUUCAGCUAAGAUGCAAGCAUGGGAUUGUGAAGACUCAUUUUGUGUCAAUAUUAGACUGCAAGGCAAUGCAAGCAGUGUACACUAAAGAUUUAGUUCCAAACAGAAUAACAUCACCACAGAAAAUACUCUCUGAAGCAUUAAGUAAUUUCCAAAAUUCAGAUGACCAGGUAACCCUAGAAGUAACCCCACAGAACAUGUUUCUCCGAAACUAUAUAGACACUGUCGGAGACCUUACUAAAGUUAUCCGGACACAAGUGAUGUUAAAAGCUGCAGAAUUUGAUAGCUACACCAUAGGAGCUGACACAAUGAUCACAUUUACUUUGAAAGAAUUUAAAGCAUUACUAGCAUUUGCUGAAGCUUUAAAUCUACCAAUCCAAAUACAUUUUGAAACUACAGGCCGUCCAGUUGUAUUUAUUGUUCAUAACGGAGCUACUUUUGAGGCACAUUUCGUUCUUGCCACUUCUAAGGCAGACGGUGCCUCUCAAAAUACCACGCAGAACACAACACGCACUGAAAGAACUAAGAGAAAAGAUGUGAAUACGAGUCACGGAUCAGCAAGGAAGAAACCAAACUUAACUAAAUCAAAUACAGACAUAUCCAAAUGUUUAGAAGAAGACUCCCACCUUUUCAAUUUUAUAGACAUCCCAGAUGAACCUGUAGAGGUCAAUACUGAGGCUGCAGUCAAAGAUAAUAGUAUAAUAAAUAAUAACCAGUUAGAUAAUAUGGACAUGGACUGUGAUGUUAUUCCACCGUCGCCUACGGCAGUGGCAUUUGUUCGGAAAGUGUUCAAAAGGUGUUUUGAACAAACUAUAGAUAUUACUUCUUUACAAGGCACUGUGUUAGCUGAGGACUCGGAUCCUGAGUCGUAACUGUGAUUUAUCUGUUAUAUGUUUAAGUUAUUAUAAACUCACAUUAAAUGAUCUUUAUUUAUGUUUCUUUUUUUUACAUUAACUGUAUCAACUGUGGCGUGUGGCUAGCAUUACUACUGUAUACUACCAAUUUCAGGGGUAGGUGCGCAUUGCCAACACAGUUACAACCUUUUUUAAAAAGCCUACUUAUAUUGUGUACUUUACAUUGUAUCCCCUUGAGAUCAAACUUGCAGACUACUGAA